AUGGAAGAAAAAGGAGAAAAUGUCAAUGCUGCAAUUCCGACGCCAGGAUCGACAGACGAGGGCUUUCCUCCGCCUGACGUCGGUGUUCCGGCUAUGCUACAGCUAUUUGGACUCUCUGUUGUCGAGAUCACGGCCUGGGGGCUUGGCUACUCGUAUGGUGCUCUGGCAGACUAUUUCUACAAUAACCCUCCUUUCAAGGGUGUCGGUUAUGUGUCUGCGGCCGGUAUGGUUUCGAAUGGUGUGCUUCAAAUCGCUCUGCCCUUCAUUAUCUACUAUCUCAAUUUCUUCCAAACACACCGAAUAGCCACAAUGUGGCUAGGGUGUCUCAUUUGUACCGCGUCUCCCAUUGGAGCUGCAUUUUGCAAGACUGCACCUGGCUUGCUGAUUUGUUUGGGUCCUCUCAAUGGCCUAGGCUCUUCAAUGCUGUUUGCUCCUUCUAUUGCUUAUGUCGCAGACUGGUUUGUUAAAAGGAAGAGUGGGGCUUACGGAGUCAUUUGCGGUGCCGGUGGGCUUUCAGGUGCAGUAUUGCCGCCAAUCUUCUCGAUCUCUCUGGAACGAUACGGACCCAAGGCAACUUUGAUCGGUUGGGGGAUAGCCUCAUUCAUAUUGACUGCCUCCGCUUUGUUCUGCAUCAAAGGACGCACGCCUCCUCCGCCAAGGUCCAAACCUUCACUUUCAGAUUUCGACUUCAUCACCAAGAACCCCUGGAUGCUUCUUGCUUUUGUGACGGCGCAGUGGGUGCAAGCGAUUGCACACUAUUUGCCAUCUACAUAUCUGCCGCAAAUCGCAACAGAUUACGGCAUCCAUCCGACCAAAGCGGCCACCCUGACCAGUCUCAUCAACGCAGCAACUGCAAUUGGACAACCGCUACAGGGCAUGCUUGCAGACUACAAUGGAUUCUACGUUCCCAUGCUAAUCUCGACUGUUGGUUCGGGUGUCGAGACACUUGCGAUAUUUGCCAAUGCCCACGUAUACGGCGUGCUGAUUGUCUACGCGCUCCUCUACGGAGCUACGGCAGGCGGCUUCUCGGUUCUUCGGCCCCGAUUUGCCGCGGCGAUUCUGGGCCCUGACGAAAGCUCGAGUAAGGAAAAGGCUUUGCUCAUUUUCGGGAUCCUCACUUGUUUCCGCGGCAUUGCUAUCCUCGUUUCUGGCUUCGUUGCCGACGCAUUGAUCGAUCCCAAGAAGAGCGUCAACAAGACUUAUGGCAGUGGAGGAAAGUGGCGACCCCUCAUCAUCUUCACCGCAGUCGCCAUGCUGGUGGCUAGCUUGGCGGCUCUGGCCAAGUUCGUCGAUCCUUUUCGCAAGCAGAAGAAGGCUGCCAAGGAUGCAGAGAUGAGUCGCCACCACAGCGAAGACGCUCUGCAGGCAUAA